AUGCAAACUAGAAAUGUUUUUUCUUGGAUAAAGAAAGAGAUUACCCGAUCCAUUUCUGUAUUGCUCAUGAUAUAUAUAAUAACUCGAGCACCCAUUUCAAAUGCAUAUCCUAUUUUUGCCCAACAAGGUUAUGAAAAUCCUCGAGAAGCUACCAGCCGGAUUGUAUGUGCUAAUUGCCAUUUAGCUAAUAAGCCCGUAGAUAUUGAGGUUCCACAAGCGAUACUUCCCGAUACAGUAUUUGAAGCAAUUGUUCGAAUUCCUUAUGAUAUGCAAGUGAAACAAGUUCUUGCUAAUGAGGGUGACUCUAUCAAACUUGAUCAACCAUUAACGAGUAAUCCUAAUGUGGGUGGAUUUGGUCAGGGGGAUGCAGAAAUAGUGCUUCAAGAUCCGUUACGUGUCCAAGGUCUCUUGCUCUUCUUGGCAUCUAUUAUUUUGGCACAAAUUUUUUUGGUUCUUAAAAAGAAACAAUUUGAGAAGGUGCAAUUGUCUGAAAUGAAUUUUUAG